GGAGUCGCUGAAGUUUGUGAGACCACGGCGCAGGCACUUCAGUCGCUUCAUUCCUCUUUGUGCUGCCCAAAACACUGAUCACACACAAGACUACUGAUCCAAACCAGUCAUGGCUGUAGAGGGUGGAUUGAAGUUGGUCAAGUACCUCGUUUUUUUCUUCAACUUUAUUUUCUGGUUGUGUGGCCUUGCCCUGAUCGUGAUUGGCGUCCUGGUGCAGAUCUCUCUUCACAACACUCUGAUGAUUAAAGAUGCCUCUGGCUCUGGAGCUCCCAUCCUCCUCAUUGCUUUGGGUGUCAUUGUCUUCCUCAUUUCCUUCUUCGGCUGCUGCGGUGCCUGGAAGGAGAACUUCUGCAUGAUCACCAUGUUUGCUCUCCUCAUGAGUCUGAUCAUCAUUGCAGAAAUCGCAGUCACCAUUGUUGGAUACAUUUACAGAGGCAAAGUGACUGAUGUGGUCAAGGACAGCCUUGCCGACAUGAUCUCGAACUACAACACAAGCAGCCCCGAGUUCAGAGACACAGUGGACAAACUUCAACAUGACUUGAAGUGCUGCGGCGUGAACAGCUCGGCCGACUGGAGAGGAUUCAGUCCUGAAGGAAACACUGUGCCAGACUCAUGUUGUAUCACCGUCACCCAGGGCUGCGGAGAGGGAACCAUGAGUGACGCCUCCAAAGUCUACCAAAAGGGCUGCCAGGAAGCUGUGGAGGCCAUACUCCAGGAGAAUGUCAAGUGGAUCAUAGUCGCAGCUCUCGUCAUUGCCGUCUUGCAAAUUUUGGGUGUGGUGUUCGCCUGCCUGUUGAUGAGAGGCAUCCGGAGUGGCUAUGAGGUCAUGUGAUUUUAGUACUGCACUGUUGUCCUAGUAACUCAAGUUAAAAAUUUUAGUUUGGUAAAAGAUCUGUUCAAUCUCACCUUCACUUUGCACAAAAACAUUUUCUUUUGCAUUACCAAUAUUGUUAGAAAUACAGCUUCUAAUUGGUCCUUUGAGAAGUUUCAAGUUCAGAGUUAUGUAUAUUUGUGUAGGAGGAAAGAUUCUUCUAUGUUAGACACUUUAUAAAGUUAUCGGGCUGUGGUAGUCGCUUUACUAUUUUAUUAAAAAUUUUAAGAAGGAAAA